AUGACCAAAUACUGCAGCAAUGCUUCUCUGCUCACGGUUUGCCCUACGGGAAGAAAUAGUGCAACAUGGAAAAGGCUUUUAAAAGUCCGCGCCCAAGCUCAGCCUCACAUUCGAUGGACGGUGGGACGAGGCAAGAUCUACUUUUGGGACGAUAUUUGGCUCGACAAAGUCGACCUUAGGGGAUUAUCUCUUGACGAAAGGGGAGACCCGAAGGCCAUGGUUGAGGACUUUAUCCGGAACGGGGUAAGGGACGAACCCAAGCUCCAGUUGUUGCACGCACAGGCCGGGUUGCCACAGCGGGCUAUUACUCAAAUUCUCGACACACCAAUUGGCUCCGGAGAGCCGGAUAUUCCAAGGUGGAACCUCAUCCGACUUGGGGACUUCUCGCUCGCCACGGCUUGGGAGACCAUUCGAACACAAAGACCCAUAAUCCGGGGCCUUGAUGAUAUUUGUAAGGUUGGCCUCUCCCCCUCAAUCUCAAUCUUCAUUUGGAGGCUGCUAUCAAACCGAAUACCGGUCGACACAAAACUCCAAUGGCGGAUAAUGGAGUUGGCAUCCAAAUGCCAAUGCUGCCCGCGCCGUCCGGGCACUGAGUCACUCCAGCAUCUCUUCAUCCAAGGCUCGGGGGCAACCAGCGUUUGGAGAGAAUUCGACGCCGGGUUUGAAGGGGCCACCCCACCAAUUAGGAUCAAUGACACCAUUCCAGAUAGACUUGAGGUCUGGUCACGAAGAAUCCAGCAGCCAAGCAAAACACACCUCAGCCAUGUCAUGUCGUAUCUCAUUUUGUGGUUCCUAUGGGCAGAGCGGAAUCGGAGCCGACAUCAAAUGGUACAAUUCAAGCCGUUCAAUGUGGUCUGGCAGGUCCAAACGUAUGUCCGAAAUAGCAUGGCCAAUGGAUCCACCAAGCCAAAACAUUGGAAGGGUGUGAAGCUCAAGAUGAACAUACCUAUCGAGGUCGAGCCGAGAUUACCGAGACCACUUGCCAUGCUGAUCAAGAGGCAACCCCGAAAUUGGCCCUGGAUCAAAGUUAACCCAGACGGAGCCUAUGUGGAAGCAACAGACAGAGCCAGAGGGGGAGGGAUUAUCCGGGACUCCGCGGGGAAGAUGAUUAUCGUCUUUGCCACACCUCUUAAUGGCCACUCGGCCCUAGAGGCAAAGCUCAAGGCCAUCCACCUAGGCUUGACCGUGGCAAUGGAAUUCAAUCAACCAAUUUGGAUUGAAUCAGACUCCGAGCAAGCGCUCAGACUACUCAACGGCGCAAGUCGGGGUCCGGCUCAUACCCGAAUGAAGUUGCACGUCUGA